GAGAAGUGUAAGAGCAACUACAGCUGUGUGCCAAACAGAAGAGGAAGUCCGAUAAACAGACAGCUUGGGAAAUGUCUGUGUAGGUUUUGAAUAAAGCUGGACAACUGCAAGGUCUCUUAUAGAAAUGAACGGGGAGAUGACCAGCCAAUCCAAAUAUGUGUCAACCUACAAGAUGCACUUUAAGGCGCCCGGGGCAACCACGGGAACAAGCAACAAAAGUGGGAUUAAAACAACACUGAGGUCCAGCCAUGUCACACAUUCAGAGAGUCCUGGUGUGGGACGUCCCGAGGUUCCGGUGUUUGUGCGCCCCCUAGAGGACGUAUGUGUGGAUGAGGGCACAGACUUCACCCUGAGAGCGACCAUCAGAGGGACCCAGCCAAUCAGAGUGUCAUGGAUGCACAAUGGGGAAGUGGCUCGGUUUGGUCAGCCUUCGGUGGAUGGAGCAGAGGUUCGGUUUGUGGUGAGGGAGAGUUUACCGGAGGAUGCUGGAGCCUACACCUGUUUAGUGGAGAACAGCUCAGGAAAGUCCUCCUCCUGCGCCGCGGUGUUCAUCAGAGACUUUGAAACCAUCUGCAACGUCAAAAAACAGGCCUCAGUCUCUCUCACUUCUCCGACCAAGUGCAUCACGGGAAAUGGAGUCUCCCUGUUUUCUCCUACAGACGAGGUCUUUAAGUCUCCUCUCUGCACCUCACCCAGCACGCCUCAAACACCAAGUCCAGUGACAUCUCCCAGAGAAGUCAUCCCGAAGAAGAGAGCCAACUCCGGCACAGUGGUGCGCCUGCGAUUUGAACAUCCUCCACAGCAUCUAGAAGUGAAGGCGGGAGAACAAGCCCGACUCACAUGCUCGUUUGUGGGCAGCCCUCCCAUCGUAUCGGCCUGGAUCAGGAACAAACAACAGAUCGUGGACGACUCAGAGCAGUGGCUGGAAAACUUGGAGAGGAGCAGUACUUUAGUGAUCGCAGAGGCCCAGAGCCAUCACAGUGGAAGAUACACUGUAAUAGUGAAAGAUCGGCACAGCUCAGCCCAACACACACUCACUCUCUCUGUCAUAGAUAGACCCCAGCCUCCUGCCUCUUGUCCCCUGAUCUCUCUAGUUUCUGGCAACAUUCCGGUCUUGUCCUGGUCUGGACCCUGCUACGACGGAGGCAGCGUUGUCCUGGGAUACGUGGUGGAGGUGAAGGAGAGGAACAACACUAACUGGACUGAAAUCAGUCAUAACUGCACCAGCACAUCGUACAGAGUGACCUCAGGGUUAGAUCCUCAGAAGGAGUACUGUUUUCGGGUAAAGGCCUUUAACGCUGUGGGCGUGAGUGAACCAGGGCCAGAGUCCACACCUCUAAAGAUGGACGAAAGGAAGAAAGACUGCAGAUCUCAGACAGAGGAGGCCCUAGCAGCGCACAGCCAUGUCACCAUCGACUCCACUCACAAAGUCACAGACCACUACAUCCUCCAGGAGAAACUGGGAGUGGGUAAGUUCGGAGAUGUGUACAAGUUGACGCACAGGGAAAGUGGUCGUGUGUGUGCGGGGAAGUUUUACAAAGGUCGGAGGUCAAAGGAGAGAGAGGCGGCACGUAAGGAGAUCGAGCUCAUGAACUUCCUGCACCACCCCAAACUGGUGCAGUGUCUGGGGGCCUACGACCACCGUCUCGAGAUGGUCAUGAUCAUGGAGUUUAUUGCGGGUGGGGAGUUGUUUGAGCGAAUCGUGGACGAUAGUUUCAAGCACACGGAAACGACGAGUGCUCGUUACAUGAGGCAGAUCCUGGAGGGUGUGUCCUUCAUGCACCAACAGAACAUCCUCCACCUGGACCUGAAACCCGAGAACAUAGUGUGUGUGGACACCAGUGGCACCGAAAUCAAGAUCAUAGACUUUGGGUUAGCUUGCCGUCUGGACGACAAUGCUCCUCUCAAAGUGAUGCAGGGGACGCCAGAGUUUGUGGCUCCUGAAGUGAUCAACUAUGAACCAGUGACUCCAGCUACAGACAUGUGGAGCAUCGGAGUCAUCUGCUACAUACUAUUGAGUGGAGAGUCCCCGUUCCAGGGAACUAGUGACGCGGAGACCUUAGCUCUAGUUACGGCCGCUCAGUACGAGUUUGAUGAAGACAGUUUUGAUGAAAUCUCAGAAGAAGCAAAGGACUUCAUCAGCUCUCUGCUCAACAAGGCCCCCAGGCGGAGACUGACAUGUGCAGAGGCACUUGCUCACCACUGGAUGGCAGCAUUUGACUCAGAAGACACAGCUUCCUGCAAGAGUCUGUCCAAAGAGAAGAUGAAGAAGUUCUUAGCCCGACAGAAAUGGAAGAAAGCCGGGAAAGCCAUGCUCGCCCUGAAGAGGAUGGCUCUGCUUUCCAAGAGCGAGAGUUCAGGAUCCAUCAGCCCCGCAGAUGCCCCUCCCCUCUCCCCUGAAGCGAAGGAUGCCCUGCAGACUCUGGAGAAGAAGAUGCAGGGCCCCCCUUGUUUCACAGUGCUGCCCCAGGACCAGACCUCCUCCCUGGGCUCCAGCGCUCGCCUGUCCUGCCACCUCACAGGUUACCCAGACCCAGAGGUCGUGUGGCUCAGAGGAGACGAUCCUGUUAUUGAGUCUUCGUCAGUGGAGAUAGAGUAUGAAGAGGACGGCCGCUGCAGCCUGGUUCUAUCCAAUGUCACCUCUGAAGAUGCCAGUGUGUACACCUGCAAAGCCACCAAUGACCACGGAGAGGCAGUGUGCUCCGCCAGACUCUUUGUUCUACAGUAAUGAAAGAAAAGAUGUUUACAUGCAGAGAGAUGUUAAAUAUUUGUAGAGAUAUCAGAAAAUGUAUUAAGUGAAUUAAAAAACAAAUAUUUAGCUGUAUUAUAAAACUGUAUAAAAGUGACUAUUAUUACAGAAACUCAAAUGCUAAUAAUAAUAAAAACGCACUGGAUUUAUAUCGGGCUUUCAAGAUGCUCCAAAGCUCUUUUCAUCACAUUAUUCAUUCACUCCACACUCAGUGGUGGUAAGUUACUAUUGUAGCCACAGCUGCCUUGAGGUGGACUGGAAGUGAGGCUGCUAAUCUGCACCGUCACCCCCCCAAUCACCACCAAUCCUCACUCACACACUACAUUUAUACUAGGAAAUGUGGGUGAACUGUUUUGGAAACAACAGUUUGCAUCAGAGCCACUGCUGCCUCCCUGUGGCACCUGGUCGUUUCUAAAAUGUAAUGAUGUCAUAUCUCCAGAUGGGAGAGGGGCAAGAGACAGUUUUUCCCAUCAAUAACAUUGUAUUUCCUGCUGAAAUAUCCAAAAAGUAAAUGCGAGUGAUGGGACUUUCGGCUGUUUUAGGGGAUCCGAAUCUUUUGGAUCCGUUCAUUUCAAAGAGCUUUCAAAAGACUAGCUAUUUUACUGCUAACCAGGCCCAACCCUGCCUAGCUUCCAACAUCAGGCAUCGACAAGGUUGUAUGUCCAGUAUGGCCAGUCAAAAUGUCAACAGGUUAUAGCUCAUUUUGUCAUAUAGCUAAGAAUGUAUGUAACAGUAUCUGUGUAUCUGAUAUCCCAAGUCACUUUGAUGGAAUAAAAUAAUUAAAAUAUAUUUCAGAACAGAUAUAA